CUGGUCAAGUCAAGUCCGACUGCAGUCAGUUUAUCCUCUUAUCUUCCUUCCUUCCUUCCUUACCUCCUUCCCUUUCUUUCUUUCUUCUUCUUCUUUAUCAUCUUCAACAGCUUAUCAUCAUCAUCAUUCCCUUUCUACUACUCCCCACCAGAAAAAAAAACUCAAAAUGUCGUCCAGAAACAACCUCCUCAAGCCCAUCUCACUACUCAUCCUGACCACCAUCAGCUCACUCCUGAUCAUCAAGACGGCCAUCAACUCGAUCCCAUUCCUGAGACUGCCCACGUCGAUCGAACUGAUCUCCAACCAGAUCCAUGACCUGCGAACCUACUCCAGCACAUCCACCACCAACUCACUCCAUCUAGCACUCGUCCUCUCCAUCAUCUUCGUCUCCAAACAAGCAUUCUCAGUCCCUGGCACUGCACUCCUCAACAUCCUCAUCGGCUCCAUCUAUCCCAUCUGGAUCGCAACCCCGCUCAGCUGUCUGCUCACCGCACUCGGUUCCACCGGCGCUUAUCUCAUCGCUCUCACCGCCAGACCGCUCAUCGUCCUCCUCAUCCCUCGCCCCCUCAAACUCAUCCAACGCGCCGUAGACCCCUUCAGGAUCAACGGCACCACCAACAGAUACCAUACCGCCGAACUCAGCUCGUACCUCCUCAUCGCCAGGCUCCUGCCUAUCGUCCCCUAUGCCGCUCUCAACCUGGCCUCGGGCGUGCUCGAAUUGCCUCUCAUUCCUUUCUUUUGGACGAUCCUCAUCGGCUCAUUACCUUACAAUCUACUCACCACACAACUCGGCGAUAUUCUCAGGACGGCCUCCGAAUCUUCUGCGUCUUCAGGAGGACUUCAUCCCGCCAGUCUAACGGAGAUCUGGACCCUGGGGCUGCUGCUGAAACUCGCCUCCCUAUCCGUCCUAGCGAUCCUGCCGAUCCUAUUCAAGGAGUCUCUCCGGAACGCGAUCCAGGCAGUCACUCAGGGUCGCGCGCGAGCGGAUGGACAUCGGAUCUCAGAGGAGGAAGGUGGGGGCCGCCGGAAACGAGUCGACCAGAGUCCCACCGAACUCCUUCUCUCGCCCAUCCUCUGUCCCCAACACCACGAACUCAUCGACGACGAGCUCGACCAACUCAGCCCUUCGACAUCUACCUCCUCCUCCUCUUCUCUUUCUUCUUCUUCUUCUUCUUCAGACGAGCUCAUCAUCCAUCUUCACUCUCCUAACCGCUCCCCCACACUCACUAAUCAUCUUAAACUCUCCCCCUCUACCCAUCUCCCCGUCGGCCUCGCUAUCCUUAAUCAUAAUCCUCAUUCUCUCACUCAUCACCAUCCUGCUCACGCUUCCAUCUUCGACCUCCCCUAUCGCAAGGUCGCUAAACUUCACGAUAAACCUGCCAACUUCUCGCCGUUUUCUUAA